AUGACGGAGAUUCCUCAACUAAAUUUAUUUUUGAAAUGUAUUAAUUUGAAUCUUCGGAGCUCCAGAGUGGACCAUCUUCAUGAAUUGUUAAAUGAUCCGAUAUUCGCAGCAAAAACUUUGAAGGACAAACAACAUCUGAUACAGAAUAAGAAGGAAGUCACACGAUUCGCGAGACUCUUACUAACCUAUGUCACAGUUGGUGGUUUCAUUUGGCCAAUGUCCUUAUGUUUUCGGCGAAUUAGAGACCCCAAUACAGUUGUACCUUUUUACGUCCCGUUCACGCCAGAUAACUGGACGAAGCUCAUAAACGAGGUCACCGACAUUUUCAAUCCAUGUCUGACAUUUCAGUUUUUCACGUCAUCUGUCGCGAUAUGUAUGGUGAUAUACAAAUUGAGCGAUACCUACAUUGUGUCCUUAGAAUUUGUGUUUCUGUUGAAUUUUAUAUUCGUAUUGUUGACUCAAAUGUUUAUAUACUGCUAUUACGGUAACGUUGUGAGCUACGAGAGCAAAUACAUAAAUACUUCCUUGUAUUUGAGUGAUUGGUCAUCAGCCUCGCUAGGAGUCCGCAAAAUGUUUCUAAUCGCGAUGCCGCGGUGGACGAGACCGCUGGUAGUGCGAAUUGCUAGAGUCGUACCCCUAUCUUUGGAUAGUUUCGUUUCUGUAUGUAAAUAUAAAUGAAGUAUUGAACAUUUUAUUUAUUCGCACGUUAAAAAGGCCAGAGCUGGGGAUAUUUUUUCGAGAGCCAGCAACAAACCCUGA